CUGACCAUGAGGAGAUACAUGACCAAGCUCUUUCUGCCCUGGUUGAGCAAGAGGGUACAGGAUGAGACCAGUCCACUCUUACCCAAGGCCAAAUCUGCUAAAGAGAAUGGUGAGAAGCUUUUCCACUGGACCAGGCCAACCCACAACCACCAUGUAUCAACAUAUGUCCUACCACACCACGGAUACUCUAUCACAGACCAUUUCCUAAAGUACAUUUUGUUCCUCAGCAAUCUGUUGUUCACUGUUCUGGGAUUGUUGGUUCUUUGUCUGGGGAUGUGGGGCCUCAUCACCAAAGAAUCCUUUGCCCAUGAGAAGAUUGGCAGCAUUGGCACUGACCCGAUGCUGAUACUUGUUACUUUGGGCUUAUUACUGACAACACUAUGCCUGUCAGGAUGUGUGGGUGCUUUAAGAGAGAACUGCUGCUUACUGAAGAUGUUCGCCGGGGUGGUGUUAGUACUCAUCAUAGCUCAGGUCCUGGCUGCCAUCCUUACAUAUAGUCUCCAGGAUCAGAUUGGAGGUUUCCUGCGGUCAGGAAUGCUAGCUGCCAUGGCUCGCUACCAAGAUGACCUAGAUCUAAGAUUCAUCACAGAUGAGAUUCAGUCAAACCUGCAGUGCUGUGGGGCGGAUAACUACCGUGACUGGGAGGUCAACAUAUACUACAAUUGCUCGGCUCCAGGAGUAUUUGCCUGUGGUGUCCCAGUGACAUGUUGCAUCGAUCCUUUGGAGAAUGGCACAGUGUGGAACUCUCAGUGUGGUGUAGGAGCCCAGACGCUCAAUGAAUUUACUGCUCAGAGCAUAAUCUUCCUGGGUGGUUGUCUUGGAGGAAUCUCUCGGUGGAUUGAGUGGCACACAAAUGUUAUUGUGACAGUCGGUCUCAUCAUACUGGGGCUUCAGAUUGUUACUCUUUUUAUCACAACACAUCUGCAAGAAAGCAUCCAGAUUCAUAAGGGUGAUUUGUAAGAGGGGACCUUUUGGGUUUAAUUUCCUAAAUUAGUUUCCCACGAUUAAAAACAGCAGGUCACAAAAUCCCCUCACAUCACUCAUAAAAUAAUUAAAACGUACAACUAUGUAAACUUGAAAACUGACUGGACAUAAAUCGUAAUCGAAUAUCAGCAAGAACACAUUGUUAAUGUCUCAUCUAAUUUUUAUAUUUUGCAGAUAAACAUAUAAAAAAAAUCAGCUUAGUCUUUUGACAUUAACAAAGCUUUUAUAAGUAUUUUUGGUUUAA